AAGUCGCAUAUUAACUAUGUGGAAAAAGCCAGACGCAGAGACAGUGGUGAAAGAACAUAGCAAAAAAAUACAAGGGCAACGUCUUCAAAAAUCCAUCUUCAUCUUCGGGAAAAGCAAUUCGGGAUGAUAUCGAAAAUAGCAAGAGCAUAAACUACACACGUUAACCUUCAAAACAAACCCAUUAUUAUGAUUUUAUGACAUUAGGAUUGUUUUAAAAAGAGAGGUGAAAGAUAGUUUGUUGGAUUGUAGCUAGGGACAGUGUUACUAUAUCCGGAUAUAGACUACGGGAAGCAGAAAGAAGAGAGAAAAAUAAACCGUUUCUGGAAAUAAUUUUGCCUUUAAAAAAUAUAUUUGGACUAAAACUUUCUUGGACUUUUGCUGAAACAUUUUUUUUGUGGAUUUUGAGCUAGCUUGCUAGCUAUAAAUUGUCAAUCAUGGAAUUGAGAGUGGGAAACCGAUACAGACUGGGCAGAAAAAUUGGAAGUGGUUCGUUUGGAGAUAUUUAUUUGGGUACUGAUAUCUCGGUAGGAGAGGAGGUGGCCAUCAAGCUAGAAUGUGUGAAGACCAAGCACCCACAGCUCCACAUCGAGAGCAAGAUCUACAAGAUGAUGCAGGGAGGAGUGGGUAUCCCAACGAUAAAGUGGUGUGGGGCGGAGGGCGACUACAACGUGAUGGUGAUGGAGCUGUUAGGACCUAGUCUGGAAGACCUGUUCAACUUCUGCUCCCGCAAGUUCUCCCUCAAGACUGUCCUGCUGCUGGCUGACCAGAUGAUCAGCCGUAUAGAGUACAUCCACUCUAAGAACUUCAUCCACAGAGACGUGAAGCCAGACAACUUCCUGAUGGGCCUGGGCAAGAAGGGCAACCUGGUGUACAUCAUCGACUUUGGGCUGGCCAAGAAGUACCGCGACGCCCGCACACACCAGCACAUCCCCUACCGCGAGAACAAGAACCUGACCGGCACCGCACGCUACGCAUCCAUCAACACACACCUGGGAAUCGAGCAGUCUCGUCGUGAUGACCUGGAGUCUCUUGGCUAUGUCCUGAUGUACUUCAACCUGGGCAGUCUGCCCUGGCAGGGCCUGAAGGCUGCCACUAAGAGACAGAAGUACGAACGCAUCAGUGAGAAGAAGAUGUCUACCCCCAUCGAGGUCCUCUGUAAAGGAUAUCCAUCGGAGUUUGCCACGUACCUGAACUUCUGCCGUUCUCUGCGGUUCGAUGACAAGCCCGACUACUCGUACCUCAGACAGCUGUUCAGGAACCUGUUCCACAGACAGGGCUUCUCCUACGACUACGUCUUCGACUGGAACAUGCUCAAGUUUGGCGCCAACAGGGCAGCGGAGGAUGCAGAGAGGGAGAGGAGAGCUGGUGAGGACAGACUGAGACAGGGACAGGCCAGGGCCCCUGCAGGGGCCAGGGGGAUCCCCUCCGCCUCCGGACGACCCAGAGGAGCACAGGACGCAGCCGCACCCGCACCCCUCACACCCACCUCACACACAGGUAUGGAGCGAGAGAGGAAGGUCAGCAUGCGUCUUCAUCGUGGAGCUCCUGUCAACAUCUCCUCCUCAGACCUGACUGGACGACAGGACUCACGCAUGUCCACCUCACAGGCUCUCUCUCGUGUCACCCCCAGUGGCCUCCAGUCAGCAGCCCCUCGAUGAGUCCCUCUGCCCCCAUCACCACCACCGUCACCACCCUGGAGGGUUAGACCAUGCACGGCCCUAACCAUACCACACACCAACACACACUUCAAUACCUGGAGGACGCUUACUGAAACAACCAGUCAACCCAUCAGAAGCCUGGACUCUUACACAAUCAACCAAUCAAAAGGCAGGACAAGGACCUCGUCAUCCGCUAGCAACUCCAUCCAUCCAACCAGCCAAUCAAAACACACAGACUGAUGCUAUGCCUCUUUGACAUCAACUGAUCUCUGCUAAGUAACAAGCUCAUGCUGUUGUAACAGGGUGGAUGACACACACACUCUCUCUCUCACACACACACACACACACACGACUCAGAGAGCGUUCAGCCGUGCUCAUCGGGGAUGGAGGAGGAGGAGGAGAUGAGACGGGGAUGGAGGAGGAGAGGGGGGAAGGAGAGAUUUUGUUGCCCCUGGCACACCCAGAACAUUCACUGCCCCCCCCCCCCACCCCUCUGCUUUCGUGAACCCCAGUGAGGACACUGACAUGGGGCACAGACCUGCUUAAUGCCCCUUACACACCACCUCCUCCAUCACUUCUCUCCCUCUCUCCUCCUCCAUCACUUCUCUCCCUCUCUCUCCUCCUCCAUCACUUCUCUCCCUCUCUCUCCUCCUCCAUCACUUCUCUCCCUCUCUCUCCUCCUCCAUCACUUCUCUCCCUCUCUCUCCUCCUCCAUCACUUCUCUCCCUCUCUCUCCUCCUCCAUCACUUCUCUCCCUCUCUCUCCUCUACCAUCACUUCUCUCCCUCUCUCUCCUCCUCCAUCACUUCUCUCCCUCUCUCUCCUCCUCCAUCACUUCUCUCCCUCUCUCUCCUCCUCCAUCACUUCUCUCCCUCUCUCUCCUCCUCCAUCACUUCUCUCCCUCUCUCUCUCUCCUCCUCCAUCACUUCUCUCCCUCUCUCUCUCUCCUCCUCCAUCACUUCUCUCCCUCUCUCUCUCUCCUCCUCCAUCACUUCUCUCCCUCUCUCUCUCUCCUCCUCCAUCACUUCUCUCCCUCUCUCUCUCUCCUCCUCCAUCACUUCUCUCCCUCUCUCUCUCUCCUCCUCCAUCACUUCUCUCCCUCUCUCUCUCUCCUCCUCCAUCACUUCUCUCCCUCUCUCUCUCUCUCUCUCCUCCUCCAUCACUUCUCUCCCUCUCUCUCUCUCUCUCUUCUCUCUCUCCUCCAUCACUUCUCUCCCUCUCUCUCCUCCAUCACUUCUCUCCCUCUCUCUCCUCCAUCACUUCUCUCCCUCUCUCUCCUCCAUCACUUCUCUCCCUCUCUCUCCUCCAUCACUUCUCUCCCUCUCUCUCUCUCUCCUCCAUCACUUCUCUCCCUCUCUCUCUCUCUCCUCCAUCACUUCUCUCCCUCUCUCUCUCUCUCCUCCAUCACUUCUCUCCCUCUCUCUCUCUCCUCCAUCACUUCUCUCCCUCUCUCUCUCUCUCUCCUCCAUCACUUCUCUCCCUCUCUCUCUCUCUCUCCUCCAUCACUUCUCUCCCUCUCUCUCUCUCUCUCUCCUCCAUCACUUCUCUCCCUCUCUCUCUCUCUCUCCUCCAUCACUUCUCUCCCUCUCUCUCUCUCUCUCUCUCUCUCUCCUCCAUCACUUCUCUCUCUCUCUCCUCCUCCAUGCUGAACCAGAUGCUCCUCCCAGCCAGACAGUUCUCCUCCAGAGUUGCUGUCCUGAUAAAAACCAUCAGCUUGUUUCUCUUUCCUGUUGUUUUUUUUACUUUAUUUACUUGACUUUUUCCUCUGUGUUUGUAUUUUAGGUGAAGUUGAUUAAAAGUUUGUUUGUACUGGCAGUGUUCUGUUCUGACUACACUGACUGUGUGUGUUGCUGUUUUUAUACGGUGGCUGAAUAUCAACUGACGAAUGCCAAAUCAUUAAUGGUGUCUGUGUGAAAAGUCAAGUGUGUUUCCUGUUUUAAAGAGAGACGAUGGAAGUAAUAUUAAAUGAAUAACCCCCCUAAUUGAAGCUCUGAAGGUCAUGUGAGAGAGGUCUGUUUGUGCAGCGGUAGAUGGCCUGGGUUCCAUUUUAUGUCCUCAAAAGACUCUCUUAAUCCCCACAAUGCAAUGCUGAGAAAGAGAGUACUAUUCUCCAACUGGACAGCGGGUUUGUUUAGAGGGAAGACGUUUUAAUGUGUCCCAAACACCACCCUACUCCCUAUGGGCUCUGGUCCAUUUUAUUGGUCACGUACUACACGUGUUCAGCCGAUGUGUGUGUGUAGCUACAUGCUUGUGGACUGAAUAGGGAUUAGGGUGCUGUUUGAGACGUGUCCCUCUCUGUUGUUUUUAAAGGGGACUGGGAGAAAGCAAAUCCUCUACUGUUCUGAAGGUGACUGUGUGUGUGUGUGACAGUUUUAAAUAAGGACUGGUUGUUUGUCCAUAGGGAUGGGGGGGGGGGGUUGCCGAUGUCUUCUCUGCUAGUCAGUCUGUUUCUCCAUCACCUCGUCUCUCUUCAGCCUCCUCUUCCUCUUCUGCUGUUGGUGUUCUGGGGCUGAAAGCUGUGAAUCACCCGUCUCCACACUCAUGUAGCAGUUAUUUUUGUAGUUGAACUUGUUGGUCAGUUAAAUGUGUGUUGGGGGGGGGUCUGCUUUAAAAUGCCUUUUUCAACCUAUGCUUUCAAUCCACAAUCUCAAACUUUUAUUUUUUAUUUUGUUAUCAAUCAAUAUUUUAAAAUGUUUAUAAUGUAAUGAGACUACGUUUCUAAGAAAAAAGUGAUCUGAUAAUUGCCAGAGGGCAAAGUCUGGUUUGGUGGAUGUACAGGAGACUAUCGACCAAUGCUACGUUUCUCUCUCUUCUGGUUGUCCUAUUGGUUAGUUCAGGAAGAGGGCCAACCCACUCGUCACAUCAUUCAGUGUAGUACUGCCUCAGGGUGCUGUAGGCCUUUUCUGUAGUCUGGGUUAAAGGGGCUUUAGUGGUUCCUGGAUCAGUUUGUGCUGUCUUGUCAACUUUAUCACUCAGUGCAUUAUAAUGAGUGACAAGGAGUUGGCAAGAGAGUCCAACCAGAUCUGGGACCAGUCUAGUUUAGUGCGUCGGUCUUCUGUUGUCAUGUAUAUAAGAUGUACCUAGUACUCAACGGUGAAAUAUCAUGUCUGCAUUAGGAGCUGGUAGCAGUUCCAGGAUCAGAUGUAUUGUUAUCCUCCUAAUGGUUAAGGUUAGGAGUUAGUUGGAUAACCUGAUCCUAGAUCUGUGGUUAGGGUUAAGUUCUACCUCCAGCUCUGUAUUAGCCACUGUGUGUAGUAUGAUGAUGAUGAUGAUGAUGAAGGUAGUGUAUGGGGGGGGGGGGAUGAAUGCUUCACUCCAUUGUAGUUUUGGGUAAGUUAGUUUUAAACCCUCGAACCGACCGGCUGAUGGUCUCAAAAAAAAAAAGAACCUCCCACCUCAUUCUCUUCAGUGUGGGAUUGUGGGUAAUGACGAUCAAGGUACACUUGUGUUAAGUACAGUUCUUUACGUGGGAUCUCUGGUUUCUCUCUGGGUCGAUGUCGUGUCUUUCCCCUCUCUCUCUUUAUGUCCUUCUUGUUUUGUGUUUGCAUCUCUACGUGGGGACGGACUCCGGACACCUUGCGUCGGUUCCCACAAUGCAUCACUCACUGAGUCAUGGGAAGUCUUGUCAUUUGUAACGCCACUGUAUUUGUGUAUUUUAAAAUUGUGUAAAUAAAUGAAUAAGUCCUUGUA